UGCAGAUAGGGCAGGCAGUUCUUGUUUCGCUUGUUUGCAGCCAUAUAAACCUAUCGUCUCUUAUAUAUUCCCGGAGUCUGUUCACAAGGCUCUUGAGUCUGCAUAAGAAUAACCGCAAAAAUGAACUCGUUUGCAAUAGUGAUUUUGUUCCUGGCACCUUACGUGUUAUCGUAUCAAAUGAAAAGAAAGGGACAUCAUGGAGGAGGAAACGAGCCGACAGACUUCCAUGGAAAAUUCACAAAUUUUAUGCGCAAAGUACAGCACCAGGCUCGCAUGCGACACAACUACUACAGGAGACUUCAUGGCGUUCCAGAUCUAAAAGAGAGCGAAGAGCUGAAUCGUUAUGCUCAAGCGUGGGCUGAACGGUUAGCCAAGACGGGACAGUUCAGACAUAGGAGUCGAUCCCCUUAUGGUGAGAACAUCUAUAUGAGCUACAACAGUGACCCGAAUUUCAAGCUUAAAGGACGUGCUCCCGUUGACUCAUGGUACAGCGAGAUCAAAUACCAUAAUUAUAACAGCAACGGGUUCAACCCGAAAACAGGGCACUUCACACAGGUCAUCUGGAAAGGCAGCCGCUGGCUUGGAACAGGCGUCGCUAAGUCACAAGACGGCAAAAUCUUUGUCGUGUCGAAUUACAAGCCACGUGGAAAUAUGAUGGGCCGCUUUAGAGAGAACGUUCCGAGGCCGAACUCUGAUGAAGAAAUGCAGCAACAAAAAUUUGGUUAAAUUGAUAUCUGAUCAAAAAUAUCCACGCUGACAAGCUAUUGAUACGUUCGUCAUGUAGUUUAGCACUCACAAUAAAUUCAUCUGCUGUUUGAGUUAUAA